AUGGCUGUCCCUUCUGCUCCCAAUCUGGAUUCCUUCAUUAAAUCUUCUAAGACCCCUCCUCAAACCCUUGCCACCUCGCAGGAAGUUCGCGACCGGAAAUCUAUCUUCGUAGCCAGCGCGUACAAGGCCUCUUCACCCUCCGAUGCGCGCUCUAUAAUGAAGCACGUAAAGAACGUUGUGCACGCAGCCAGACCCGCAUCGCACGAGAUUGCCGCGUGGCGCUGUAUGACGCUGAAGGAGGGUAAGUUGGGCCUUGACGGCCCCGAUGAUUUCGAGGUGCAGGGUGGCUGGGAGGACGACGGCGAGAAAUACGGAGGGCAGCGCGUGCUGAAGGUCAUGCAACAGGAAGGAGUGUUAGAUGUUAUCGUGAUUGUUAGUAGAUGGUACGGUGGGAUCAUGCUUGGCCCUGCCAGAUUCGAGCAUAUUGAGACGUGCGCUCGUGAAGUAUGUCGCGCUUUCAAGUUGAAGCAGGAUAUGGACGAAUGCAUCACUGUCCUCACUGCCUUGGAUGACGAGCUCUCUAAGCUUCGGGAGGAGCUCGCUCGGAUAUCCUCGACCCUCACUCCCUCUAAGGCCCACUUACCUGAACAGUCCACUUUUAAACCCGAAGAGCGCAAAGAGACCAAGAAACCCGACUACACCGCCCUCUCCGAUUCCCUCGACAUUGCCAAAGCACGGCGGCUCAUCACCGCGCGCGAGAAUGCGAUCAAGAGCCUCAGGAGCAUACUCGCUAAGAAGCAAAUCACAAAAUGA